GUUCAUUUAUACUUCGAAUGUGAUUUUAUUUCAGUAGUUCUUAUAAGGUUAAGUGUUUCAGAAGAGACCCCUCCCUUAGUUUGCGAUAUGUUGUUAUUUUGGAUUAAUGGUCUAUUUUCUUAGAUAUUAUUUGUUAUAUAGUAUGUUCAGUUGAAUUGUUCCUUAAACGAAAUCUUUUUCAAGCCAUCUAAGACUGCUUUGGUGCUGCCUUCGACAUGGGUAAAACAUAUUGUCAAUGCUGUAAGAAAAAAUGUACUGGAGAGGUGCUACGUGUACAAGAUAAAUAUUUUCAUAUUGCUUGCUUCAAAUGUUCAGUUUGUAAGUCAUCUCUUGCUCAAGGAGGUUUUUUUUGCAAGGACGGCCAGUAUUUUUGUACUCCGGAUUACCAAUCAAGAUUCGGAACCAAAUGUGCCACUUGUGGAAAAUAUGUUGAGGGAGAAGUAGUUACUGCUCUUGGCAACACAUACCACCAGGCCUGCUUUACUUGUGCAAAAUGCAAUCAAGCUUUUCCCAGUGGCGAACGUGUGACAUACACAGGAAAAAUUGUUUUAUGUUCAAAAUGUAGCAAUCUUCCUGAAGAGAACAAUAUACAAACCCAGUCAAUUACAGAAUGUAGCGGGUGCCAUGGAGAGUUAAAAGAGGGCCAGGCGUUGAUAGCUUUAGACCGUCAGUGGCAUGUAUGGUGCUUUAAAUGUAGCGAUUGUGAGGUGCCAUUACAUGGCGAGUACAUGGGGAAGGAUGGUGUUCCCUAUUGUGAAAAAGACUAUCAAAAACAUUUUGGGGUCAAGUGCGCUUAUUGCACUCGCUAUAUAUCUGGCAAGGUCUUACAGGCAGGUGACAACCAUCAUUUCCACCCAACAUGUGCAAGAUGUACAAAAUGCGGUGAUCCGUUUGGCGAUGGUGAAGAAAUGUAUUUACAAGGUUCAGCCAUUUGGCACCCUAGGUGUGGUCCUGGACCUCAGGCUGAAUCUCUUGCCAACGGUCAUUCUCAUACUGAACUCGACAGAAUGUCAAAUAGUGAGAUGCAGUUGUCUCUACGAUCGCAAGCAACUAGUUUGAAUGGUUCCCUCUACGGCAUUGAUCGAAAGAGAGCAGGGAGCCCUGGCCUCCUACUGCGCGAGUACAGGAGGGACUACUCUGACAUCAGUAGGAUCUACACUUAUAGCUAUCUUACCGAAGAGCCAGCUUAUCUCAAACGACCUAUCGAGCCCUAUGACAAACCUCCUGUGUCUCCUCAUUUCCAUAGACCGCCUUAUGGAGGUAGUUUACGUAGUAGUGGAAAGUGGUCCCGACAAAGUGGAGGUAUGAUAGGAUUGGUAGAAAGUCUCCGAGAGUCUCGACCGAAAUCUCCACACAUGAAUAAUGAGGAACCCAUAGAGCUAGCUCAUUUUCCUGAUGCACACCCCCCACGUCCCAAUGAAAAACCUAAAAUUGAAAGAGAUGAUUUUCCUGCUCCCCCUUAUCCAUAUACUGACCCUGAGAGGCGACGACGUUGGUCUGAUUCUUACAAAGGAGUUCCUGAUUCUGAAGAAGAAGAUGAAGUAGAUACCACUUCUGCUUCUACAAAACCUCCUGAAACCAAAUUAAAGAAGGAGGAAGCUGAGCUGUCUAAACUCUCUUCUGGCAUGGGUCGUGUGUUCUUGGCCUCUGUUAAGGAACGGGAGAGAUUAAUGCGACAACGGCAGCUCGAUCCAAGAAAUGCGUCAAGGUCUCCUUCAGCUUCUUCUCAGCCUUCUCUAAGACUCAGAUAUCAAAGUCCUAUCAAUGCUUCUCCUUCAAGGAACUUGGACGCACCUCGGCCAUGGGACGAUGAGGAUACCCUCGAUAGAUGUUCCAGUUAUCGAUCUUCAGUGGGCCGCUCCAUCCCUACCAUUCCUACUUAUAAUGCCCACGGAGGUAAUGGCCACCACCAGAUGAUCGGAAAGGCGUCCACCCUCCCGCCGAUGGUGUCUCCGAGGUAUAUGGGUGAUUUUUCCUAUAGUGGGCUUGGAGACAAAGCUCCUAGCACUGACUUCAGUAGUGCUAAAUCAGAUGUUUCUGCUGGAUCCAUAUCAGAGGUAGAUAGAGCAACAAUGAGUGUCGGAGGUGCUUCUUAUCUGAGGAGGUCGCUACCUAACAUGUGCGCCAUACAGCAUCCUGGAAAGGUGUACCCAUAUCAUUUAUUAAUUACUUCAAAUUACAGACUGCCACCUGACGUUGAUAGAUGUAAUUUAGAGCGACAUUUAUCUGAAGCAGAAUUUGAAACACUCUUCCAGUGUACCAGGAGCGAGUUUUACAGACUCCCGCAAUGGAAACGUAAUGACCUCAAAAAGAGAGCACGUCUUUUUUAAGUUAAUUGUUAUUCUGAUAUCCAAAAGAUCGGAAGAUCAUUCUUGAGAGAUAUUGUUGCUUGCAUAUCAAUUUGACAUAUAACUCGCCAUAAUUGCAUGAUUGGAUUUAAUGCUGAAGCAUAUAUUUAUCAAAUUGAAACAAUUUCAGUAUGAGAACGUAUAACAAGAAUGUCUUUCUAUUAUUUUGGAUUGAGAGGAGUCAAGCACAAAGAUUAUAUAUAUAUAUUUAAAUACAUAAGAAAAAAAAAAAACUAUUUAUUAAACUGCCUUAAAAGUUCGUGUACUUCAGUUCUCAAAGAGAAUGUGGUUGGAGAUAUUUAAAAAAACCUGAGAUUGUUAUUCCAUUUGUGAUAGGGCCUAAAAUAUUUUUGGCCUUAUAAAUUGUAUUUUCUUAUCAUUGUAUAAGUUUUCCCUUCUCCUUUUCUUUUCCUGCACUAGUCUAGUCUUUAGUAUAGAAGAGCAUAUAUUUUUCCCAAAUGAAAAAAAAGUAAAAAAAAUAUAUAUAUACAUAUAAAUAAGAUGAAACCCAACGUUUAUUACUUUGUUGUCUUUUAGAAGAAAACCUAUAUUCUGUGUUUUAAUAAAUGAUUAAAAUAUGAGGUGCAAUGUCAAAUCAAAUAAAACUGAUAUUAAUUUAGAGGUGCUCAUAUUGAAGUUGCUUUCUAGUAAUUAUAAUUAUAGGAUAUUUAUUACCCCUUGGACUCACUAUUGGUGUUGGUUUUAGUCUCAUGGAGGCCUAAAAAGGCAGCAUAUUUACAAUAUGUUUACUUUUUCCUUCUUCACUUUUCCCUGCUUCGGGGAGUUAGUUCUUACUAACUCAAAUGUGGUGCUUUUUCGAGCCAGUAUUGGGUCCCUCGUGCUUGAAAGUGAAACUUUUUUUUUUAGCAUAAAUGAAUAUAUGCUUUUAUUAUGUAAGAGAGCAAACACUUCUUUACGUAUUUCGUAAUACUUUCUGGUAAUUUUAUCUAUUAUUCCUUUUUUUUAUGUGUUAAUUUGUACUUCAAUAGAGCUGAUAAAUAAUUGAUUAUUCUCUUAAAUUUCUAAUUGAUUCUAGCUCUUCCUAUUUGAAUCAACAUUUCAUAAUUAUGAUAAAUGUUUUUUGCAUUAUGAACAUUUAAUAUGCUAUUUUGUGUUGUUUUCUUUUUUUUUUUGAAGUUUAAUAAACAAUAUAUUUAUU